AGGGUUGGGCUAAUGGGCCGGUCCGUAACACUUCGCAGUUCGCGAAAGUUCUUCCGAAACUCGUCGCUAGCUUACCUAUGCUAUAGUUUACACUUCGUCGUGGUUGUUUCGCUUUGAAUUGAAGUGCACUUUCACUGGAACCAGCACAUAACAAGAUGGAUUUUCAGGGAUUCUUAAACGACUUGCAGGAUUGGGAAAUUUCUACAAAGAAUAAAGCACCAAAAACGAAGUCACAUAAGGAAAAUGGUUCAUCUUCCCAGAGUGGUAGAUCAGUGGGUGUGGAGAAUGGAUCAAGAGGAGAUACUAUUUCUUUUGAUCAUGCGAAAAAAUCUGCAGCACAGUAUGAUUUUUCAAGAAAUAAUGAUCUGUUGAGUCGUGUGACUAGUAGUUUUGCUUCUGAAGAUGUUCCCGACGCUGCUUCUGAGAAAGACCUGGGUAAUGAGUUUUUCAAACAGAAGAAGUUUAAGGAAGCUAUUGAUUGCUAUUCAAGGAGCAUUGCCUUAUCACCAACUGCUGUAGCCUAUGCAAAUAGGGCAAUGGCCCGUAUAAAGCUAAGGAGAUUUCAAGAGGCUGAGGAUGACUGUACAGAGGCAUUAAAUCUCGACGAUCGUUACAUAAAAGCAUAUUCACGGCGAGCAACAGCUAGAAAAGAACUUGGGAAAAAUAAAGAAUCUAUGGAGGAUGCCGAGUUUGCCUUGAGGUUGGAACCUAACAAUCAAGAAGUCAAGAAACAGUAUGCUGAUGCUAAGUCGCUGUACGAGAAAGAAAUUGUACAUAAAACAUCUAAAGCACUAAGAAAUACUGUACAAAAAUUGGGAAAGUCUGAGACAAAAGUUAAUGGAAGCAGCAGCAUUCAAUCUGUUUCACAUGAUACUCAAAAGUCAGGGUCAGCUGAAGUUCAUCAUCGAACUAAGGGUAAUGAGUGCCAAAUUCCUGCUAUAGAAUCAGUCUUAAUGGAGGAGAUCGAUAAUAAGGAUACAAAAUCCGGAAGCAGGACUCAAGGACAAGCUGGCAAUGGUUCUAAGGAAGGUUAUAGUGCAAGUAACAGCUUGGAGCAGGUUAAGAGAAAUCACAGAACUAGAAAACCAGAAAUGAAAGCAUCUGUUCAACAGCUUGCUUCUCAAGCUGCGUCUCGAGCCAUGGCUGAUGCUGCAAAAAACAUAACGCCACCAACCACAGCUUAUCAGUUUGAGGUCUCUUGGAGAGGGUUUGCAGGUGAUUGUGCUUUGCAGGCUUGUCUAUUGAAGGCAAUGUCUCCCCAUGAAUUACCGAAAAUAUUCAAAAAUGCCUUAUCUUCUACCCUGCUAAUUGAGAUUAUCAAGUGUGUUGCAUCCUUUUUCGCUGAAGACGUGGAUCUAGUUGUCAGUUAUAUGGAUAAUUUGACCAAGGUACCGAGGUUUGAUGUGAUCGUAAUGUGCCUUCCAUCAGCAGCUAAGGAUGAUUUGCGCAAGAUCUGGAAUGAAGUGUUCUGUAGCGAGGCAACUCCGAUGGAAUAUGCCGAGAUUCUGGGCAGCCUACGAUCCAAAUUCUACCUUGGAUAGUGGCAUUCACUCGUAUGUUUUGAUGCCUUUUUCCACAGCGGAGGCUCUCUUUUCGGCAACCAUAUUCAAUUGUAAAUUAUUACGGUAUUAAAGUAUACAGGCUCUCAAGUUGGAUCAUCUUUAAGUGAUUAGCUAAAUGUGGAGGAAAAAGAAAAUUAGUAAACCUUAUGUGAAGUGGAUGAGGCUGAGGGUACAUGUUUUAAUACUUUUUGUUUCGUGAGGUCAAGCUGCUAUGAUUUAUGUACGAAUUCAGAAUAGGUUUAUAGUAUUGUGGUAGCGUCCCUGGUUAAUUAAUUGAUUCACUAAGAAACGGGAUGACUUAGAUGCUUGUGUUGCACGUAAUGUGCUGGAUAUAAUUAUAGAAAGAGUUCGUCUUACUGUCAUUAACGAUUAGUCCUUUUCAAACAUUCUGUCUAACAAGUAGGAGUGUAGGACCGUUUAGCUGAGUGUCCCAUUUAAGAUUUUAAGGUAUAUUUAUUGAAACUAUUUUGUCUACCUUGUUUUAUUGCUUGUUAUAUGGGUCCCCAAGUCAUUGUCUGGUAAUUGUGAUUUUAAAUUGAACUCCGAAAUAAAAUAGUAUAUGUUUUGAUUUUUA